AAAAACAAAGGAUGGCCUGAUCAAGCAAGAUCAUGGAAGAUGUUGACGUUAACAGUGGGCAAAACAAACUUCAAAAACCUAUCUCCUACGGCGACAACGAAAGUGUUAUAAGCGAUGACAGUUCAAGUCCAAAGAGUAUAGACUCAGAAUACAGUUUUGAGACCACUGAAAGCUCACUAGAAGACGAGCAAUGGCAAUAUACAAGCGAUGAUUCAAGGGCAUCUAGUCGCUUAAGCCGGCAAUCAUCGAUUGUUGAUGGGCUUUUAACCGAGAUUUAUGAUCGUUACCAUCAUGGAUCAAGGUCUGGGGACAGCGACAAUGUCACAGAAUGCUCUACAACAUCAUUUUAUAGUGGCUCUUUCGAGCUGGACGAACGGACGCAAAGAUGGACACGAUCACAACUUAAUGGCAAAGAUCUGAAUGAGAUUCGUCGUGUUUUGGAUGAACUGAAUAGCUAUGUCACUUUGUUGUCAGGGCGACUUGUUCGACAGUUAAAGCGUCGCGAUAAAAAUGCAUACAAACUACAACGAAAUUUUGACAUCCUGACGGCUGUUCUCCAAGCUGUUUCUCUCAAAAGACGUAUUGAUACAAGAAUUAAAUUUUCCUUCAUUCCUCAAAGUGGAAAAAAAGGCUUUCGUCAGUGGCUGGAUUCAUUCAAGGCUAUAUCAAGACUACCUCAGGGAGUUCCGACUCCUUGGAGAAGACGGCUCUGGUUAAUAUUGGCCGAAAGUAAACUUGGUCAUUUAGACUGGAAAAAGACAUGUCAAUUUUGUUUUAAUGAACGAAGUAACCCGGAUGAUGAUAAUCUUGGCGCUCAGAUUGUCAAGGAUCUUCAUCGAACGGGUUGUUCAUGGUUCUGUGAAUUUGAGACGCCAGAAGAACGCGCCAUAUUGAAACGUGUUUUGCUAGCUUACGCAAGAUGGAAUAAAACAGUCGGUUAUUGUCAGGGCUUCAAUGUCAUUGCUGCGCUGAUAUUGCAAGUCAUGGAUCGUUCUGAGGAGGAAGCGUUAAAGGUGAUGGUAUAUUUAAUUGAUUUCUUGCUGCCAGCAAACUAUUUCUCCAACAACCUUCGCAGCCUUUCUGUUGACAUGGCCGUACUUCGUGAACUCAUGAAAAUCAAGCUGCCUGACCUUUCUGAUCAUCUUCAGAGCCUUCAACGACAAGCCACUGUCCAUGAUAAUGCUGGCUCGAAUUCUUACGAGCCUCCGCUGACCAACGUUUUUACAAUGCAAUGGUUUCUCACGUUAUUUGCAACAUGUCUGCCCGAGCAGCUGGUGCUCAGAGUGUGGGAUUGCAUCUUGCUUGAAGGAUCAGAGGUGUUGCUCAGGGUUGCGCUUGCCAUCUGGGCCGCUAUUGGACUGCAAUUGGAAGACCUGGAAAGUGCAGAUGAGUUUUAUGGAGCGAUGGGAAGAAUUUUACCUCAGAUCCAGGAAGGAUUACUUAUUAACGACUCUUCCUUGAUGUCCAUGGUUUACAACAUGGCGCCUUUUCCUUACCCAAAAAUCGUAGAACUUCGUGAAAAAUUCACGUACAAUAUUCAUCCCCUUGCAAGUAACGUCUCACCAGAGAGGAAAGUAAAACCCAAAACAAAAGAUGCUUAUACAUCAAGUGAUGACGAAGAUGACGACAUCAAUCAAUUGAAUAUAGGCUGUCUUGGGCUACUCUCUCCCCAGGCUGCUUUAGAAGGCAACGCGCCGAGAACCCGCGUCUCUGGCGGAUAUCCCUUUGCGAUGGAUUUUAGUAAAUCAAGAAAGGAUUCACAAAAUGCAGCAAAGUCCCGACCACCAUUUGGUGUAUCCGAUUUAGAGAAAGAGUAUAAUAGGACUAGAAAGAUGCAGCAACAAGCUGUAGUUGUAUUUUCUCAAAGUAACACGAGUAAGUCUCAAGAUUUACGAGAGGUGCCACCAGCUAUUAAUCACCUGUUUGUUGUGACACGCGCAAGACGGAAUAAAUGGAAAGAACAAUUGCAAAAGGAACGACAGCGGCAAGAGAAAUUACUUCCCGUGCGCGAAGAGGAUGAAAUCCGGGAACGUGGUCACGUGGAAAAGAACGUGAACGAUCAUGUGACUGACGCAACCGAACAUUUAGUCGGGUUGUUUAAAGGCUCCAAUACAGACGAUAGCCCAUCAGGUGAAAAAGAUCAUGAAAAAGAGCGUAGCUCGGUAAAUUCAGACUUGACGCAAAUCUCAGCUAACCAAAACCCGUCAGUCAGAAUAUCCAAAGGCUCGAAGGAUACGAACACUUUCAAGGUUUCUAAAAGUUCACAUAUCUCCGGCAGUUCGAAACCUGUGAGGGACAUAAGCCGAAGAAAAGCGGUUAAGACAUCACUAAGUAUAUCGCCUGUUGAUCCCUCGCUUGUUUUACCCGACAAAAAGUGCAUAUACCCGGCAAAGUUUUCCCCUUUUCCCGGGACGAGGACAAGUGUUUCUAAUAAAAAAGGGUUGCUAUACAGUAAGAAGACGGAUACCGAGGCGCCUAAGAGACAGUCAUUCAUCAGUGGACCACCUUUACCAUAUCAGACAAGGACGAAUAAAUUAUAGUGGAGGUCCGAAUUCAUUUUUCCAUCAUGAUAUGGCCCCAACUGGCAAUGCAUGUUGGUUAAUUUUAUCGGGUAGAGUCUAUACACAAUAAGCUUUUAGCAUAGAAUGAGAGGACGGAAGGGCCACUUCAUUUGGAAAUUUUGGAUGUGAAUGCGCAUAUCGCAUGUGUUCCGCUAGUCCUCUGAUUAUUCUAUGCUCCAAUUUAAGUCACAAAACAAAAGACGAAAUUCUCAUGCCCGUCACACUCGCCAAGCCAGUAGCUAGCAUAGUUCCGUCUGUAGCGCAUGUAUGUUGUAGGUUGUAGACCCGCGGUGGCCGCAGACAAACUUUAUGUGAACUGGAACCAUCACUCAGAUGCUAUCUUCGAACCUGAACUGAAGGACCAAGUUGAAGUACAUUUAUAUUGUUGUCUUCAUCGUCAAAUAUCGCGUUUUUGAAAACAAUAGAGACUGGCACUGGUCCUGAAUUCAGCUUCAAAUUGGUUUUCAAUCUCGUUCCUCGAGCUCGCGAUCCUCUAGCGAGGAAACGGAAUCUCUGGAAGAAGCCAAACUAGAACUCGAAGCCAGAAAUCCUGGCUAAUACUAACUGCGCACGUAUAGCAAACAUUUGAUACCUUUCGAAACAAACUUUGAUUUGAUUGAACGAUGUUUUUGUGUUUCAACAUUUUUCAGCAUUUUCAACAAAAAUGUCUCUUGAAAGCAUUGCUCACAAUUUUUCUUUAUUGUAUUACAUACGGCGUCCAGUCAGAAUCAUUUCUGAUUUCGAUCAUCCCAGAGCCUUCGAAGAAGAUUGCGACCUCCGGAAACGAGAUGUAUUGGUUUCAAAAAUGGCGGAUAAAUAACCGUCACCGACUCACCGUUUCAGUUUUUGUAGAGCUCAACGAGGAAAGAUUCUAUCGUGUUUGAUCUUUCGUUUAUAUUUAGUAAAAAGCAUAGACAAAUUCAGUUAUUACUAUACAGCUUAUGGGUACACUUAGAGUGCAUCGCCAUAUUCGGAUGUCUGAAAUAUCGAUAUGAAUGAACCUAGAUUGCAAAUCCGGUGCAGCUAGGAAUUAGGAGUACCAAGGCAGGCGUAGGUUAUUCAUGUGAUUGUAUAUACAUUAACUGGACUGUGAAUAGAUUACAGAUAGAACACAUGUUGCCAACCAGAGUAAUGUAUCUGGAGUAUUAAGCUGGCGACGAGUGCCUUCAAUUUUUGACCGGCGUAGUCCAGGUUUAUUCAUAUCGAAUAAUAUCCUACCCUCAGUACCCGAAAUCAUUAAUUGCUGCGACUAAAAUCGUAGCGUAUUCGCCGUUUUAUUUAAGCGCAAUUAUAACUUGUUUUCAAAGUUUACUGUAGAAUUGUAUAGGCAUUAGUUUAUUUUUCAUUCAUUCACGUAUAUAGAGUAGUUAUUUAAACAUACGUUAAAUAUAUGUUAUUCUUUAUUAAUUUAUUAAAAAACGUCAGUAAAUAGA